AUGAAAAGAGCAUUUUGUGAAAUUGUCACAGCUGUAGGACUUCUUCACGUCGCUAUAGUGGUAAUUUAUUUAAACCUGUACCAUCAAGAUGUUAAAUCAAAAAGAAUUUUCACGAAGGAAGAGGAAUUGGAGGGACGAAUUAAAGGUAUUUCUUCGAGUAUCAAUGACAUUUCAACCAAAUACUCUGGACUCAAGGACGUACGUUCGCAAUGCUCUCAGCUGACAUUUUCAUUCGCUUCUCAUGUCACGCAACCAACCCUCCACACCAACAACACAAGUAUUUUCCUUUUGGUUUUAAUCACAUCUGGAGUUGGAACAUUGUAUUCAGAGCGACGAAAUAGUGUCCGUAACACAUGGGGUGAUAAGUCAAUUAAAAGUGGCCAGAGAAACUGGGAGCGCGUCUUUGUGAUAGGCAAAGCUCUUAGCGCCGAACAUUCUGAAGAAAUUCGCCAAGAAGCGGCCUUUUUUGAAGACAUUCUUGUGCUGGACAUGGCGGAUAGUUACAAAAAUUUAGUGAUUAAGAUUUUGUCUGAGUUGCUAUGGAGUUUGAUUCAUGUAAACCCACGUUUUAUCCUCAAAGCAGAUGACGAUGUUUAUGUUCAUGUUCCUGGACUGCUAUUAUGGCUGGAUAAUUAUGCAAAUAAUAAUUAUGCAGGGGAUAAAUUAUACGGCGGUUUCGUUAUUGGCGACGGUGAAGUGAGACGAGGAGAGAAAAGGAAAAACCGCGUUGCGAGAGACUGUUUGGCAAAAGAUCUCUAUCCUCCUUACUGCACGGGUGCUUUUUACGUCCUCUCAACUGAUAUUCUUCCUUCACUAUUUAAAGCAGUGGAGAGGAGACCAGCAUUCCCUGUUGAAGAUGCCUACAUGGGUAUCUUAGCCCAAGAAAUUGGACUUCAACCGGUAGAUAUACCCGGUUUUUAUUUUAGGAAAAAAGUGACAGAUUAUGGAAGGUGUGACUUUGCUUCUGCAAUAGCUGUAGGGCAUAAUCUUGGGUUGGUGGAGUUUAUUUUUGUAGCAAAGAACCUAGAACAGACAAAACAACUUCCAAAAAGUUAUUAUAAAUGUUUCUUGAUGUAUGAAUGGGUGGGUUUUAUAUUUCUUUUAAUAUUCCUGAUUAUUUUGGUUUUUCUUAUGGUUAUUUUUGUGAAAUUCCUAUCACAUCUGAGAAGAAUCUUGUAUGGUAUAUAUCUCAAGGUAUAG